AUGGACUACAUGCCACACAUUGCUUACAAUUCUCACUCUCCAUUGGCUGAUCCACGUCUACACCAGCACCGUAACAACAAUGGCUUGUCAUUCGAAUCGCAAGAGUAUGAUCAAAAGAUGGCUAGUAUCAUCAAUGCUACCAUGGAGCAGGGCUUCAAGGGGGAUCUCAACCAUGUUGAUCAUUGGUUUCGAUUACUGAGUGAUACAGAGCAAUUGGCUGCUGUCUACACGCUACUUCAACACAUGUCAAAGGACAAUGCACGAUUCUUCACAAAGGUCUUGAAGCAAAUGUCGGGUGAUUUUGAAUCAUCAUCCCCUGCAGGAUAUCUUCAACAUCAACAACAAGCAUUCGCAUCAAGGAGAUUGAGUCAUCCAGUAGCAGCAUUUUCUACCACUACUACUAAUAUCAACAACAACAACAAACUUGGAAACGAUGUACUUGGUGAUCAUCGACUUUACCAUCCUCUCAUGUCGUCGGACCUCUUUGGUGGAUCCUCAAUCAUCCCCCCUUCUUCUUCUACAACUACAACAACUAAUAAUGGCCGUCCCCGAUCUGUGAUUGAAGGCAGCGGCUAUCUUUUACGAGGAGGAAGUACUGCUUGGGGAGGAGGAGGUGAUCUUGGAAUACAACCAUCCAUUGCUGCUGCAGGUUCAGCAUCCAUGUCAUCCUCAUCAUCAGGUGCCCGAUCCUCUGUGGGAAGUAUUGGCGAUCGCAGACCACGACCUCAAUCAGUUGAUAUUUCUGCUUGGACAAAACGUCCCGAUUUGACAUUAGCCAUGGGAGGUCGAGAUGAAAAGAAGAAUACAAAGUCGUCUCAUUCACCCUUGCCAUCAUCAUCAUCAUUGGAUAAGAAUCAUGACGCAUCAUCAACUUCAUCAUCGUCUUCUUCAAGUCAACGUGGUGGUGGUGGUGGUGGUGGAUCAUCAACAACAUCAGCGUCCAAUAGCGUAACAUCCAGCAACAACAACAAGAAACCAGCCGAGCCAUCGACAAUUGACUUGAAAGAAUUGGAAGACAUCCCAGGCUGGUUUAGGCGUUUACGUUUACACAAGUACACAAGUUUAUUUGAAAAGCUCGACUGGAAGGAAAUUGUGAAGAUGGAUGAUGCCCAAUUGGAAGCGAGAGGUGUUGCUGCAUUAGGAGCUCGGCGGAAAAUGCUUAAAACGUUUGAAAGGGUCCGUGCACAUUGCGAUGCAAAGGACAUUGAAUACUGA